AUGGCAGAUGCAAAGAAAAUUAGUGUUGCUGAGUUAUUUUCAAAAUUUCACGUGACACUUAAGGAAGCUUGGUUGAAUGAAGUCCUGGAAUAUCUUCAAGUGGAAAGAGCCAAUGCGGACAUUCCCACAGUAGUUCAACUCGUAUACGAACAAUGGCUUUUUUCGGAAUUAUCAAAUAGUACACGUCCGAAAAUACGUCUACCACCAUUCGAAAAGAAAACUUUUCUGGACAGUGAUGUUGCUGUUCAAAUAAACUGGUUAGUAGACAUACACACCUCAAUGUACUCGAAAUUAAACCAAUACCUUGGACGUAACUUGGGUAACAGUUCUUUAUACUUGGAACCAAAUGAAGAAACAGAGGAUUUGGAUCCAGCAAAUCGAAUAUAUUUAAUGGAAGUAACUGAUGGCCAAAGGAAAUUGCGCGCUAUAGAAUACCAGAAAAUUGAUAAGCUGUGCGGAAAAUUGUCCUGCGGGACGAAGCUCAUAAUCCGUGGCGGUACGUUCUGUCGUCGCAAUGUACUGUUGCUAGGACCAGAUAAUGUGAUGAUAUUGGGUGGUGAGAGCGAAAUAUGUCAGCAGAAUACUUCAGCUCUUAUUAUCGCACGACGGUUGGGAAUUGAUGAAAAGAAGCUGAAAUUGGUGGAAUGUGUGAGAAACGAAGAAUAUAAAAAUUCAGUGAAGACAGUGGAGGUAACAGAAACGGAAGGAGCGGAAAAGAUCCAGGCCAUAGUGCCAUCAGUUUUCAUGCGCAAGGAUGUUGCAGCUAACUCAAGUGAACAGCAAACUACAAACAUACAUACCAACAGGACAGUAAAGGGAGAGAACGUCAGAGGAAAAAAACAGAAGAGACCUGUUUUGUCACGCACAAUAACGUCCUAUUUCCAACCUCAGCAUAAGAUUCCCACUUCUGGAUUAACUUCAAAAGUAUCAGCGAAAUCUCAGAUAUCAUUAGUCAAUCAGGAGACCAAAGAAAAAUCUGAACCAAGAAACUUAGCAUGGGAUUCACUUCAAAAACAACGAGAAGUGAAGCCUCCACCAGCAUUACUUCCUGUUGCUGAUUCAAAGCAACAAUCGCAGCACUCCAUCGCAACUAUCACUUUUUCGCGAGAAUCAAAUGAACCAUCAGCAGAACAAUCAGGUCCACCUGUAGUGGUAUCGCAGGUACUCUGUCAACAGAAGAUAAUGAAUGACUCAGCAAUGCAAUCAGAAAUAAGAAAAAUAACGGAAAAAUCAAUAACUACAGUGCAGGACCAAACUCAGAAUGUCCAAAAUUUCCGUGCUUUUUCACAAUUCAUGCAACCAGAAAAAGCUUCACUGCAACCUGAAAAGGCUUCACUUUCAGCGAGGUUAUGGAAAAGAAAUUUUGAAACAACUCGGUCACUAGUAGUUGAAGGUAAUAAUAGUCCCACUCCUCCUGCCAGAAAAAUAAAUCCUACAUAUGACGCUGUUAUGCUUAGUGGAGAAAGUGAACGAAAAGAAACAACAGCAAAACCAUUGAUUCUUAUUCGAACUAUGGAUUUACAGCGAAAUUCCGCAGAUACGAUUCGGCAUGCAGCUGUUAUUUCCUCAUCAGACAUUCAAGAACGGACAAUUUGGACUGCUAACAAAUGGUAUUUAUUACUUCCUUGUUUUAAAUUAAUGAAAUAA